UAAGGAACCAGGGAUUCUAGAGAGCUCAAAUUUGCUGAGCAAGUUGUUGCCCUCGUAAACCCUAACAUUGGUCGAUGACCCUAUGUGAUCUCCAAAUUUGCUCUUAAUAUCCAAAUUCAACUCCCUCAAGUUCUAAUAUCUGGAAAGGAAGAACUGGAGUCACCAUUAUCACCCUGCAAUGGAUGCUGUAAUAAGAGUAUUCAAACGUGUCAAUGGACUACCUGAGAGUGAGGGUGAUCGUAAAGUGCCUGGAGCUGCAUUUUGUUCAAUCCAGUUUUUGGUGGCAUCCACGCAAGCCAUUAAUCUAAUUAGAAAGCAAGGCUCUUCAAUCAAGUCAAUACAGGAAAGCACCGGUGCCUCCAUUCGGGUUCUCUCAAGUGAUGAGGUGCCACAUUAUGCGAACUCAGAGGAGAGGAUUGUUGAGAUGCAGGGAGAAUCUCUGAAGGUUCUUAAAGCUAUGGAAGCUGUGGUGGGCCACUUAAGGAAGUUCUUGGUGGACCAAAGCGUUCUUCCCCUAUUUAAAAAGAGUUACAAUACACCAACCUCACAGGAACGCCAAGUAGAAACCUGGGCUGAGAAGUCAUUGCUGCAUAGUACUUCUCAAACUGGGAUGGGUGAUGAUUAUCCUCUUGCAGUGAAGAAAGAUCCUCUAUUUCACGAUCGUGAAACCCAGUUUGAAUCAAAUAUCCAUUCUUCUGGAAUUUCGCUGUAUGGCCAAGAUCUUGGACUUUCAGGAAUGCGUUCUUCGAGACUUGGUCGUGCUGGUGGUUCUUUUGUUACCCAGGAUUAUGCCAUGGAGUUAGAUGAGACACGCAUACGUAAUGCAGCACACUUGAUGGUUGCCAGUUUGGCUGGAAGUUUAGCUCAUGUAACAUGCAAGAUUGGAUUGGGGUGACAUUUUUGACGUGCAACAAUGAUGUAAUUUGCUUGAAUGUUCAUUUUGUUUGAUAAGGAUACACAUACUUUGUGGAGUUGCACUAACUAUUGUUAGAUGCUUGGUGGAAUUGUACAAGUUAUAACUUUUGGAUAUUUUGUGGAUAUUGCACUAUUUUAUUGUAUUAGGAUGAAAUUAUUUGUAAUG